AUGAAGCUAUACAGGUUCUCAGAGAGCAAGAAAUAUGACUCUCCUUAUAAAGAAUUAUCAGAUAAGAAUGAGUUCAAGCUAGGAUCUUUUGAAAAAUUCAAUCCUGAGAAGGUGACUAUAAUCAAGAAUCAAGGAUAUAUCAACAAAAAUCAAAAUACAGAUCGAGAUGGGAGCAGGAUUAAACAUUCCUCUUUUUGGCACAAACUGAAUAAUACUGUGAAUAAGAUAAAUGAGUUUGUCGUAGAGGACAAAGACGAAUACUCUCUUAAAUAAAGGACACUUCAAAUCUCUCAGGAAAGAUUCAUGAGACUUACACAAGAAUAGAAUUGAUAAAGAAAUUUAAAAAGUCAAAAAACAGGAAUGCUCGAAGUUUUAGAAGAAAGCCUAAGAUUAUUCUCCCUCGUGUUUCCAGGAUAUUUACAAGAAACAAAAGUGUUGAUAAUUACUCUAAAAGAGAUAAAGUGUCUCAAUUUACUCAUGCUAGGAAUAGUUCUGACUUGUCAACGCUCAAGGAAGUGCAAUUGCCACGUUUUAGGAUUAAGAGACCUAGAAAAUUUUUGGCUGAAUUUACUCAUAUCGAGCCAGAUUUUAACUUAUCUUCAAACAGGAUGCUUGUACCUCCUCCCUCUAUCUUCAGACAUUUGACAACUAGAAAGAGGAAUCUUGAAAGAUGACUUGAGACCCCUUCAGAUAUAUAUAAAUAAGCCAUUUCAAUUCUU